UACUAACACUUACGCAUUUAUGACUUUCUCAUAUAGAAUCUAUUCUUAACUUGUCGAGCCAAAAAUACGGUGGAAACCCGAAAAUAGUAUUCAUUUUUGUGGCAAACUUGGAAGCACUGGAAACUGAAAAGUAGAGAUGGCUCAAAGAAUAGGGACGAAGUUGUUCGUGAGCAGAUUAUCGUUUUACACUACCAAAGACCAGUUGAAGAACUUGUUUUCUCCUUUCGGACAAGUUACCGAAGUGAAUCUGGUGAUGGAUUCCAGAACUGGAAGGACCAAAGGAUUUGGUUUUGUUUCCUACCAAUCUGAAAACGAAGCACUCAAGGCUAUCAAAGCCAUGAAUGGCCGGAUAAUUGCAGGAAGGAUUAUUUUCGUUGAACCAGCUAAAGACACUAGAUGAUCGUGGGAUGUUAGAGGCUUGUAUAAAUUUUCCAUUAUAUAUUAGUUUGAUAAUCCUUUUGCAUCAGAUAGCUUUCAGGUGUUGAGUCAAACUUUUUUCUCGAGAAUAUGUGAAUUUUCUAAUUCAAAUACCAUAAUACGCAAAAUGGAGCUAAUUAUUCAAAAUGUGCUUUGGCGGAAACAUAAAACCACGAAGCAUUUUCAACCCUUUAAGCUAAAAGACAGCAAGCCGCGAAAAUAUUAACAUUAUGCGCUGGAAAAGAAAAAGAAAUAUGGCAAACUAAUAAACUUGGAUGUUCUCUAUUGAUUGGCUAAAAAUGCUAAAACAUAAGACACAAACAUAACAAUUACAUAAAUGUUGUUCCAAAAUCCAAACCCAUCACGAUCUUUCACGUUACAAGUUAUAUAUUAAGGAUCUAACACGCACAUAUUGACACUAAACACCCAAAUCAAGCUUUCUUCG